AAAUCAGUUCUUCAUUUCUUCAAUGGCGAAAAAAAUCAUGGCGAUGGUAGAUCGACUCAGUGAUUUGCCUGAGCCAAUUCUAAUUCACAUUCUUUCUAUGUUGCCGGACGGUAAAGAUGUUGUGAGAAGUAGUGUAUUAUCUAAGCGAUGGCGGUUUCUUUGGAGGUCUGUUCCAAUAUCACUGGAUUUUAGCUUCCCUGAGGAUACUUAUUUAGGUCUCCCUGAGAGUGGGGAAUUGGAGAUUCUCGAUUUCGUGAAUUCCACCCAUAGAGAGCUUCUAUAUUGGGGGUCUGGUCUGAAAAUCAGAAAAUUUAAUGUGGUUGUCAAUUUUUCUGUUCCGGAGAGGUUCGAUAAAGAUAUCGAUUUGUGGGUUUAUUUUGCGACUAAGAAAGCUAAUGUUGAAGAUUUUACUCUUGAGUGUUUAUCUGGAUACAAGUUACCUCAGUUUGCGUUUAAGAAUUCGUCCUUGAGGAAUUUGAAUUUACAGUACUGUAAGUUGAAAUUGGAACCUUCCGUUAAUGUGAACUGGAGUAAUCUAGUUUCUCUUUCAGUUGGAUAUGUCAAAUUGACUGAGGGUGUCAUGAGAAAAAUAUUGUCGGGUUGUCCUAACUUAGAGUGCUUGCUAUUGGACUUCAUUUGGGGCUUUGAUCGUCUCGAAAUAAGCAAUGUGAAGUUGAAAAAGUUGACCAUAAACAGCUAUGAAACUAGUGAAUGUGAUGUUUGGCUUGAAAUAUUAGCUCCGCAUAUUCAAAAUUUGGAACUUUUGGGGUAUUCCAGUGGGAUACGUUUGAGAAAUGUGGCUGCACUUGUCACUGCAUUCUUUCGCAUAGAUUUUCAGUUUGAUUUUGGAGAGGCAGACAGAUCGGAGAAGAGUGAGAUUAGUUGUUUGAAGGAACUUCUUCACAGCGUUGCCCAUGUCAAGAAUCUGGAAUUGAGUCACUGGUGCAUUAAGUGUAUGUCCACACUGGCAUUGGAAGGCUUCCAGUAUCAACCAUCGAGCUCAAGAUUCUUAAAACUUCACACAAACUAUGAAGAGUUGGACCUCCCAGGAAUUUGCAGCUUUAUACAGAAUUCAUCAAAUAUUGAGACAUUGAUCAUUGACUGGCACCAUCAAGAUCGAGGAUACUUAUAUGCGUAUUAUUUUAAGGAUAAGGAAAGGCAAAUCAGGACGUUUGAGACACAUAAAUUUAACUGCUCAUUGCUACGUCUGAAGACUAUCAAGUUCAUUCACUUGGUUGGACCAUUAAGUGUAAAUAAGUUUGUUCUUCCAUUGGUUAAAUAUUUGCUUGAGAAUGCAAUCGUGCUAGAAAAGUUCGACAUAGCUGCCAGAUGCAAAGAGAUUGAUGUGUGUCUCGAUCAGAUUAGAAUUGAACAGGAGCUCUUGAGCUUUCCAAGAUCCUCUUCGCAUGCUUCAGUUACCUUUUCCAAUCAAAGAUCUUUGCCACCUCUACUUUUGCAUCAAUCACAACAUGCUUAACAGUUGUUACUUUUAUGUUUGAAAUUGGUUUGUUGCUAUAGACAAGGUUAGGGUUCUACUUUUCAGUAAUCAGUAUCCAAGGAGUUUAUGGUAUUUCUUCAUGUCUAAGUACUUAACAAUGUGUCUAUUAUCUGAUCAUCAUGUUCAUGUGUGAACUCUUGUUCCAAAUGCUUUGUGAUAUAUAUUCAUAUUGCUGAAUCAUGGUCAUUUUGCAAAAAAAAUAGUAAUUCUAGAUU